AUGUCAACACUGUCAUUUGAGUCCCUCUGCUUAAAAGAGGAUGAUUGUUCAUCCCCAAAUGAAUCCCAGGACACUGAGGAUGAGACCGACUUGGAGUCAGAUGAAAAAGAGGAAAGCCACAACAAGGCAUCGAUAUGUGAGGUGUACCUCCAGGCCUGUAAGCUGGUUGGUGUGGUGCCAGUCUCCUACUUUAUACGAAACAUCAACUCUUCAACCAUGACACUCAGCCACCACGGGCUGGGACCUUUGGGGUGCAAGGCACUCGCUAUUGCUUUAGUGACUGAUAUGAAUAUCAACACUCUGGAACUGGCAGACAAUCACAUUCAAGCCGAGGGAGCCAAAUACCUUGUGGAGAUGCUUAGGGCUAAUUUCACCAUUCAGUACCUGGAUUUAUCUAAUAACCAACUGCUUUAUGUGGGGGCCGAGUAUGUGGGGAAAAUGCUGCUUGACAAUAUUUCUUUGAAAUCAUUGAAACUUUCAGGAAACGGAUUCACUGAUGAUGAUGCUAAGUAUUUUGCAGACGCCUUGUCAAUAAAUUCCAGAAUAAAGGAACUUGACCUGAGCCAUAAUGCCUUUUGUGGAAAAGGAGGGGAACAUUUGGGACAACUGCUUGCAAACAAUGAGGGUCUUGAGUUUCUUGAUCUGAGCUGGAACCACCUCCGAAUGAAAGGGGCUGUGGCUCUUUGUGCUGGACUCAAGGUCAACAUGAUGCUAAAACACCUCGACUUAUCAUGGAACGGUUUUGGGAAUGAGGGUGCCCUGUCCAUGGGAGAGGCCCUAAAAUUCAACAACACUCUGGUGCACCUUAAUCUCAACAACAACCGGCUCACCAACGAGGGUGUUGGCAUGCUGUGCAGGGGUCUGGAGUUCAAUGACACGCUCAGGGUCCUACUGCUGGCUUACAACUCUCUAACAGUAGAGGGAGCACUGGCUCUGGUUAAUGUGGUGAAGAACACACCUAAAACUGCCUUGGAGGAGAUCAACAUAUGUAAUGUGCUGGUAAAUGAGUCCUUUGUGCACCUGCUGGAUGUGACAUGUCAGGAGCAUCCCAGUCUGGAAGUACAGUAUGGAGGAGUAGGAGGGUUCAUUGCUAAGAAGCCCCUGAAACGUGUCGAUCCAAUGAAAGUCAUCCAAGAUUAUUUGGAUCAGCGUAAGCUCCGUCUGUGGGAUUUCUUCCGUAAUAUUGACAAAGAUGGCACCAUGCGGGUCCCUACUGCUGACUUCAGGAAGGCAGUGCAGCAAUCAAGUAUUCCUUUGGAUCGAUACCAGAUUGAGGAGCUGAUUCAGAGGCUUGAUCGUGACAGGACAGGGAUGGUAGACUACAGGGGACUGGCAGAUACAAGGAAACAGAUGAUGAGAGAUUACCGCCGCCAACUGAGGAAGGUUGAGUCCCGUCAGAAGAAAGAGAAGCAGAAGAGUGACCGCAUCCUAAAGACCUUCCAGAGUGCUGUGGAGGCCGUAACACCACGCGGCUCCUUGGUCAUGUCUCCUGGAGUAGCCAAAGAGGAUUCAAGCAGCCCACAGCACUUCUCUGCCACGCCACUCAGCUCUUGGCACCACAUUGUCAUGUCCAACAGCAAUCGUUAUUCUGUCACCAAUCUGAGCAAUGAACACAUCCACUUGCCCAUGUUAGGAGGCACCACACCUUACCGCCCUACAAGUUCUCCAGCCAUGCGCUCCUUUUCCCAGCCAAACCUACUGGAUGAGUCCCCUUGCUCUUCUCCAGGCAAGUCCAUUUCUGCUCAGGGUGUACGCUCCGAUCCGGAGAUGGGCCACAGCAAGCUCAGCCCCACUGCUAACCAGCUGACCAGGUCCAGGCCUGCUCUUAAUGCCAAGCAACCUCUGGUUAAACCCAAAACCAAGAAAGCAAAGAAGAAGAAAACGACAAAACGUGUGGAUAAAGGCUCUAAGAAUCCCACACGAACUGUCAAAUGACUUUCAAACUCGAAAUGACUGUUUGUUAUCAUUCAUCAGAAAACCUGGGCUAAAUUGCAACAUACAAAUAUAAA